GAACUUUUUGAUGUCUGAAAAAUUAGAUCAGGACAGAGUCCCGAGCCCAGUUGAAUACGAGGUUGAUUACCAUGCAGACGACAACCAUGGCCCAGAGCCAACCGAAGAAGAUUGGCAAACUUGUCGUGAAGUUGCCGAUAAAGUUCCUAUUUCUGCUUAUCUUGUUAUUAUCAUUGAAUUCUGUGAACGUUUCACUUACUACGGUCUUUCCGGGCCUUUCCAGAACUACAUUCAAAACCCUGCUCCUCCAUCCUAUCCCGCCGAAACAGCUGGUGCCUUGGGUCGUGGACAGCAAACAGCUACAGCUUUAAACACCUUUUUCCAAUUUUGGGGUUAUAUUACUCCCAUUAUUGGCGCCAUCGUCGCUGAUCAAUACCUCGGCAAGUACCGUACCAUCCUUCUCUUUGCCAGUUUUUACCUCAUUGGUCUUGUUAUUUUGACUGCUACUGCUUCUCCUAUCGCUAUCGCCAAUGGUGCUGCUUUCCCCGGUUUUAUUGUUGGUAUUAUCAUCGUCGGUCUAGGCACUGGUGGUAUCAAAUCAAACGUUUCUCCUCUUGUUGCCGAACAGUAUCAAAGCAAGGUUCCCUACGUGAAGACUACCGAGAAGGGUGAACGUGUCAUUGUCACUCCUCAAGCCACCUAUCAAAAGAUCUUCAACAUGUUCUAUUGGGGUAUCAACGUUGGUUCUCUUUCUGCUAUUGCCACAACUGAAAUCGAAAAGAACGUUGGUUUCUGGGCCGCUUACCUCUUGCCUACCUUGAUGUUUGUUAUUGGUAUCAUUGCUGUUGUCUUGGGUCGUAAGAGAUAUAUCCAAACCCCUCCUCGUGGCUCCAUCUUUAUCGAAGCUGGUAAACUCUUCUACUACAGUCUCAAGGUCAAGGGCGGCUUGGAAGCCUGUAAACCCUCAAACCUCUCUAUUGAUCACCCUAAUUUGGCUGCAACCGCCACCUGGGAUGAUAUCUUUGUUGAUGAAUUGAGACGUGCCCUUCGCGCCUGUGUUGUCUUUUGUUGGUAUCCUAUCUACUGGCUUUGCUAUAACCAAAUGACCAGUAACCUUGUUUCUCAAGCAAAUACAAUGUGGACCGGUCAAGUCCCUCCUGAUAUUUUACAAAACAUCGAUCCUCUUGUCUUGAUUAUUGUCAUUCCCAUCAUGGAUCGUCUUAUCUACCCUGGCCUCCGUCGUAUUGGUUUUCCCAUGCGCCCUAUCCUCCGUAUCACGCUCGGUUUCGUUUUUGCCGCUGUUGGUAUGGGUUACACUGCUGGUAUUCAAGCCAAGAUUUACUCUGCAGCAGAUGCUGGUCAGCCUCCUAUCAGUGUUGCCUACCAGAUCCCCUCUUAUGUAUUCAUUGCUUUCUCUGAAAUCUUUGCCUCCAUUACCGGUCUUGAAUAUGCUUACAAGAAGGCUCCUCAAUCUAUGAAGUCUAUUGUUAUGGCCAUCUUCUUGUUCACCAACUGUUUUGCUGCCAUUCUCGGUUUCGCUCUUGUCCCUGUUGACGUUGAUCCUAAGUUGACUUGGAUGUACACUGGUAUUGCUUGUGCUUCUGGCGUCUGUGCUGUUCUCGUCUAUGUUUUCCACCACAAGAAUGACGACAAUGAUGUUGCUGAUGAUGCAAUUGGUAUUCGUUCCAACAGACAAGUUGAAGAAUACAACCGAAAGCAAGCUACUAUUGAAUACGAAGCUGAAAAGGGCGAAAUCUAAUAAUGCCCUCUUAAAAUCACUAUUACUAGUAUAUACACAUAUAACAACUUAUUAAUUAAAUCACACGCGCACGCGCAAUCACUAUAACAUCUAUCUUUUUUUUAUAAAAUUUUAAUUCAAAAACAUAGCAGCAGGGUCUGUCAAUACUAUCUUAUUUAAUAAAACCAUUGUUUUAAAUGGAAUAUUCCCCAUAUAAAAUAUGCUUACAGACCUUCUCUUGUAGCUUAUGUGUGAUACUAAUCUUAUUGCCUUUGGUACAGCCGUAAAAUCAUGCGGGGUGCAUAUGUGCUCAUUUUUGUUACCUUCACAUGGCUUGUAAGCAUAGAUCAUUCUUUAUUUUGAUACAGGGUUUUACGCU